UGCUGUCAGACGAGUGAUCCAAGCAAGGGCGAAACAGCUGAUUUUUGGAUCUUUCUGAUUUUCACCAAAUGAAAAGCCACCAGAAAUGACUCGAAGUCAUUGGAAAUCACAGAGAAUCAGAAAGAAUCACUGAAAAUCAAUUGAUUUUGGGUGAUCAUUUUAAAAGUUGUCAACUGCAGGGAGAUAUCGGACUGCCCUACACGGAUAAUGAUAGCCGCAAGGCGAGCUAUUCGUCCUUCUUCCAGUUUCGAUUCGGAUUUGGAGUCGAGUGGGACUAAAUUUUUUGUUUCGAGUCCAUGAGUUCAAAACUUCAUGGAAAAAUUAUUUUACUCUGAACCCUUUCCGAGUUUCUGUCUAUACUUAUUAGACGAUACGCUGCUUCACUAAUCCAUAUAUUAUAAGAUUUAUUUUCAUUUAGGUUUCUCUAAUCGAACAUUCCAACACUAUCGCCAUCAACCAAAUUAUAUCUCUUAUAAAUCUCAUCAUUCGUUUAUCAAUCGAUUUUAUCGUCCUCAACUACAACUGAAACAUCUGACACCGUCUAUUCUAUCAUCUCGUUUAAAUUCAACUAUUAACUUAUUUAAUUUAAAUCUUUUAGAUUUACAUGGUCUAUCAAUUGAAUCGAUUGAUUCUGAAACAUUCGAAAAUUUUACACAAUUAGAAACAUUGAUACUAUCAGCAAAUCAUCUAUCUUAUUUAACGGAAAAAAUAUUUUAUCCAAUACGCACUCAACUCUUACAAUUAAAUUUUCAACGAAAUUAUUUUCAUACACUUAAUAAUGCAUAUUUUUUACACUAUUUAAAACGAUUAAAAAUUCUUGACUUUAGCAUGAAUUAUUUAAAAGAAAUAUCGGCAACAAAUUUCAUUGGACUUCGUCGUUUAGAAUCAUUAAUAUUGCGAAAAAAUCAAAUAGAAUAUUUACCGUAUGCCGUCUUUUCUCGUAUGAGAAAAUUAUCGACUAUCGAUUUAUCGGAUAAUCAAAUGUUUAUUAUUGAUGAGGGAUCACUUAAAGGAUUAAAAAAUUUAAAAAUAUUAAUAUUAAUGAAUAAUCCACUGGGAAAGAUGAGUAUCAAACAACCAUUAUUUUAUCCAUUGAUAAGAUUGGAAUUUUUAGACCUGGAAAAUUGUCAAUUAACAAAUUUACCGUCAUAUUUAUUUUCAAAAAAUUUAAAUUUAAAAUCAAUAAAAUUGAGACGAAAUAAUUUUCAAAUAGAACAAAAUCAAAUAACAGAGAUCAAUGAAGACAAUGGUUUAUCGACUAUUAUUACAAACAAUUUUGACAAACAUACUUUAGGUAACAUUCUAAAUUUUGAAGAUUGA